GUUAUUAGAACCCUGCAAAAUGAAGUCUAAAUCCUUACGUCCCAAAAUAAAAGUCUUGUACUCUUUUUUACGAGACGGAGGGAGUGCCAAACUACCAAUGUGGAUAACAUUGAUGUCUUAUUUUGUUGUUUUCUAUCAUUAAUGCACAAAUCUUCCCUCUGUUUUCAAAUUUAACUAUUCAAAUUUUGCAUGGAACAAAUAAAGGCCAAACUUAGACCCUUAUCUUAGGGGAUUACAACAAUUGGUGUUUUUGCCGUAUUCUGCAAACAUUAGAUAAGACAUAACUUUCGAGUUGUAUCGUAUGUACGUUCCAAGUUUUUUUGUUGUCCACAAAUGUGGGCUGUGAGGCUGUGGAAAAACUGAUAUUAGCGCCAUCAUCAUCACCCCGCGUGUGCCACAAAUCAGAAUAUUUUGGCUCAUUAUGAAGCAAUAAAGCAGAAAUUAAUAAAAGCUAAGUUUAAAUUUGAAUCUCUUUUUGGCAGGAUUUGGAAGGUUUUGAAUUGGAUCCUGUCCGAAGGCAUCUCUGGGCCAUUGGGCAUAUUUUGACAGUCAUUUCAAAUUCAAAGUCCUCCUGUUACUUAUAAAGCAUGCAGUAGCAACUUUGAUACAACAAAGGUUGUACUUAAACAUUAUAUGUUGUGAAGUUUGAUAUAGCUGUAGUUCACAUAUGUCUACAACUACUUUAGAACCAUCUCCUAAUCAUCAUUUGGGUUCAAGAAGAAGAGAUGAUCCUGAGUUCAACCUUAAAGAAUGGGCUUUGAAGGCAAGAAUCAGCAGGGAAAACACAGGUUCAAGAAGGUUUUCGGCCUCGAAUAUUAGGAGUUUCAGAGAAGAUGCAAGGUCUUUUAGAUCAAACAUCACCAUUUCUAGCACUGCUUCAUCUCCUGGAUACACUCUGAAAGAGGAAAUCGACCCUUCAACAUACUCAUUUACAACCGCACUAAAGGCAAUACAGGCAAAAACAGUGUACAGUUGGGAAUACAUGUCGCCGGACGGACUAGCUCUAAAUUCCAAGUGGAAUGAUGCAGAGAAAUACAUAUGCAAUCCAUAUUCAGGUGAAGUUCCAUUGGAGUGUUUAUCAGCAAAGACACUUAGCGCAAGGUCAUUUCGGAGCUUAACCAGCAGAAUCACAAUGUCUGCACCUCUUAUUUAUCCAUCCAAUAAUUACUCGAGACAACUUCAAACAAAGCCAACCAUCACUAUUCAUGAAGAUGAAGAUCAAUUUAAUCUCCAAGAUAAGAAGAAUCUUCGAAGUAUGAGUACUAGAGACAUUGGAACACAAAGCACACCUCCUAUUUUCAGCUCAUCAAGCAGUCCUAGCCCUGCUGCCACUCCCUCAAUCGAAGAGAGGCCAAUAAAGCGCAGCGAAGACUCUCCGUUUUCUAGUGAAAAAUCUAAACCUGUUGUGGUAAGUUCCUGCCAUUUAUUGUAAACCAACGAUCACCAGCAUUUCAUAUUAACUUCUGUAUGUAUAAUUAAGGGAUGAUGAAUAUGAAGUCAGUCCUUCAUGGUGAUAAAGUUCAAGUUCACUAUCUUCAUCCCGUAUGAAAAAUAUGGUUACAGUGCAGCCCGGGUUAUAGUUUUUAAUUUCCUUCUUAAAUUGUAAGAACCUGAAGUGAUUAUGAUCUUAAAAAGGGUUUCUUUUUGUUCUUGUUUUUCUGAUUGAAGUUACAAUGCUGUAGAUUUUAGCUCCAUUUUAACUGAGGUUCAUGGACUACUCCUCUGUACAGGAUGAAGUGGAGGAAACAGUAGAGGCAGAGAAAGAAGAAGAAGAAGAAGAAGAAGAAGAAGAAGAAUCCAACAGAAAUGAGGUAGAGGGAAGGAAAGUAAAGCAGAUAUGCAGCUUUAGGAAAGGAGGUUGCUUGUCAUGGAAUUUAUGGACUAGAAGAAGGCAACGAGAUAAAAACAAAGCAACUGAUAAGACGAAGAAGAAUGUGCUUGUUUACUACAUUAGUGGGUGUCAAAAAAGAACAGAAGUUGUAUCCCAGAUAUAGAAAGAGCUUCUGAAUUCUUUUUUUUUGAAAAAAUCAUUCACACCCUCUGUUGAAUCACAUGAUCCCAAUGACAUUGGAAAGGCCAUAAGUGAAAGAGAAUCUUAUGUCCUGACCCUCAUGAAUGAUGUAUCCAUGGAGGUGAAUAAGUUUAUAAUAUCUGAAUGACUCAUAUAUGUUGUUAUUUCAAAGGAAAUGACAUAGCUCAGGACAGUGUGGAUGAAUGAAGGCUCAGGAGUUUAGCAUAAUACGGUUUAUUAUUUGGCUUCCUUUAACCCUUCUUUUAAAUUGAGUCAUUCUUGAAUCUUGAUCCUUUGUUUCUGUCUAAUUUUCCCCCCUGCCCAAAGUUGUGAAGUCUCAUUUCUAUCUGAAGGACUUUUCAUGUGUCUGUAUCACAAAAUCAUGUCAUCUUAAUCACACUUAUAACAGUCGUCAAAUUUGAUAUAUGCAGAUGUUAUUGUUACUAGCUACAAAGAUAAAAGUAAGACAGAAAAUCCGAUGCAUGACAAAUUUAUAACUCUAAGUAGUCC